AUGUCUUUUGAAAUUCCAUCUCAAUACACUCGAAACGUGAAUACUUCUGCUAGCGGCGAUUCAGUCUCAAUUGAAGACUCUGAAAAGUUUUCAUAUGGAACAGCAGGAUUUCGCAAUAAGGCCGAGAAGCUAUCGUUCAUCGUGUUCCGUUGUGCUUAUCUUGCUGGACUGCGCGCUAAGAAAACUGAUAAAACGACGGGAUUAAUGAUCACCGCAUCGCACAACCCCGCAUGUGACAAUGGUGUGAAAAUAGUGGAUCCAAUGGGCGAUAUGCUUUCGCCAGAAUGGGAAAAUUUUGCUACACAGCUUGUCAAUUCCACAGAUGAUGAUCUGCCAUCGACAAUCUGUGCUCUUGAACUCGAAGUGAACGCAAUGUGUGCUAUGAAAGCAAAGGUUGUGUGCGCCAUGGACACGAGAGAAAGUGGACCUCAUCUGAUGCUUGCCGCUAAAGCUGGAACAGCAAUGGCAAAUGUCGAGUUUGAGGAUCUGGGAGUUCUUACCACUCCACAGCUGCAUUACAUUGUUCGAGCCAAUAACGACUCAGAAUUCGGAAAACCGUCAGAGUCAGGAUAUUAUGAAGCUUUUUCAACAGUUUUCAAAGAGCUUUACGAAAUUACUGAUGAACCAAAAGAUUCUAAAUAUUCAAAAAAUCUUGUGUUGGAUUGCGCUAAUGGAGUUGGAGCACCUCGUUUUAUGGACCUUCUGAAACUGAUUGAUAAUAAAUAUCUUAAUGUCAAUUUUAGAAAUAUCAAAGGCGACCUUAAUCACAAGUGUGGUGCAGAUUUUGUUAAAAUUUCGCAAAGUUUACCACUACAUUUUACUGCAGCUGAUGAAAAAUGCGCUUCUUUUGACGGUGACGCUGAUCGAUUGAUUUACUUCAGACCACUAUGCUCGAAAAAUAUUCAAAUUCUUGACGGCGACAAAAUUGCUGUUCUUCUUGCUACCUAUAUUCAAGAACAACUCAAUGAGCUACGCAAAUCUUCUGAUGUGAAACUCACAUUAGGAAUUGUGCAGACAGCUUAUGCGAACGGCAGUUCGACGAAAUAUAUUAAGGAGAAGCUUGGAGUUACUCCAGAAAUUGUGCCAACCGGUGUCAAAAAUCUUCAUCAUGCAGCUGUUAAGUACGAUAUUGGCGUGUACUUCGAAGCAAACGGUCAUGGAACUGUGGUUUUCAGUGAAAAAUUUGACAAGGAGAUACGAAAAAGCGAGUCUGACAACGCUGCACUUCGUCGUUUGAAACUGUUUUCUCGUCUGAUAAACGAAGUGGUUGGAGAUGCGUUUGCCGAUCUUUUGGCGGUGGAAAUUGUUCUUCGCCAUUUCGGAUGGUCUAUUGAGGACUGGGCUACUAAGCUUUACCAAGAUGUGCCGAAUAUCCAAAUAAAAGUGCCUGUAUCUGAUCGUUCCAUCUACAAGACUACCUGGGAAGAAACCACUCUCCUUGAACCAGAAGGUCUUCAAGAGAAAAUCAACCAUCACGUUUCCGAAUUUGAAAAUGCCAGAGCUUUUAUUCGUCCAUCGGGAACCGAGAACAUUGUUCGAGUUUAUGCAGAAGCUGAUUCUUUGGAGAAUACCCAAAAACUUGGCGCUGCUCUUGAACAGCUAAUCUGUAAUUAA